AUGACGUUUGUGAUCGUGCUGGCGUUUAUUUGCUGUUGGACACCGUAUGCGAUCAUGAUGUUCCUGCAUUUUCUCACGAAAACUGACUGGAUCCCAAAAGAUGUUCGGAAGUUCAUUUAUGCGUUCGCCGUGUUCAACUCAGCCAUCUCGCCGUACCUCUACGGAUAUUUUUCAUUUGAUCUGAAAAAAGAAUUGAAACUGCUAGUCACUUGCUCACGAAAUUCAGCGACUGAUAGGAAUCUUUCGUGUUCAGCGAAUACUACACGGAGAAGCACCAAAAAACGAUUACGGAAACGUAGCGCUAGCGCUACACACCUUGACGUGGUCACGCCAAAGGAACUCACCCACUCACCUGUAAGUAUUCGAGCUCAAUCUCUUCGUACCAACAAGAAGCAGUCUCCGUCACCUAACACUCUUUCACCUGAACUGGCCAUGCUGAUAUGA